AUGGAUGACAGUCAUCGCAAGCUUUUACGAGAGAAGAGAAUGGAUUUAGCUCGCGAUUUAGAUGUUGACACGGCCACUUCGUUUCUAUAUUCCAAAAGCAUUUUGUCGGAAAACGACCGUGACGAGAUUCUGGCCUUAAAAACACCACAGGCGAAAAGCGAGAAAUUGUUAGAUUUUCUACCGAAACGGGGACCAGAAGCUUUUGGUGCUUUCGUGCAGUUUUUAGACGAAAAACAACCGUUUUUGAGUGGAUUUUUGAAACCUAGUCAUGCGAGCUCACAAGGUGUGUUUUGUUGUCAUUGGUAUUUUGUAAAAUUAAGACAUAGUUGUUGCAUGAUUUGUUAAUUAUAUCGUGUGUUAAUGUGUAUUCUUUUAGUAUAUAUCAGUUACUGUGUAUUAAUAAUGGAUUUAAAUUAGUACGGUACAUAUUCUGUUUAGAUACGCUACUAUAAUUUCGCAGUUUGUUUUUGAGAUAUUAAUGUUUUGAUAAUGUAAUAUGAUCAAUAAUAAUUGCAUAAGAGAAAUACCACCCCGCCUCCUGGUGGGUAGAAUAAUUAAUGAUCUCUGAAAAUUGCACAAUUUAGGCAGUUUUUGUCAUCUGACAAAACUGUAUUUGGGGCACAAAAUUGGCAAGCAACCGUACGUUGCCAAGGGAACUCGAGGAGGCAAACAUCACCAAUAUUUAAGCCCUGGGCAAACUAGGAAACGUUGCCGAAACAUUGUUUCCUGCCAAUGUUUCGCCAUGUUUCCCAGAGUGGGCAAACACUAGGAAACAUUAGUGAGAAAUAGAGGGAAACAUCAAAUGUUUCUGAAUUUGCUAGGAAGCAUUUUCGCUUCUCGGGAAGCAAAUUUGUUUCCGCGACAAUGUUUCCAUGGGUGGGCAAACAGGGAAACAUUUUCCGCAACAAUGUUUCCUAGUUUGCCCAGGGCUUUAGGCUGUAUGAAUGAAAUUAGAUGUUUGGUGUGGUUUAGAAAAUUGUUUAAUAUCAAAGCAUGAAAUAUUCCUCAGGACUAGGAAUGCUAAAAUUUUACUUUGAAAAUGUCGGCACAGAAUAAAGAUAAAGAGAAGGUCGACUCGGCAAUAAAGCAUAACGCUGCCACGUCAUGAUUUGUCAUCAAAAUGCUGAUAUUGUGGCGUCAGCAUUUUGAUGAUGAAUUACGGUUACGGCAAAAUCAUAGGAAAAACCAAGAAGUUGAUCUUCUGUAUCGUCUCUAUUCUGUGAUGUCGGGCAGGUAUUGACUUCAGCCUUUCAUAAUCAUUGAAGAGUUCAGAAUUAAAUGGCUAACGUCCCAACGAAGAGCCUUUGCUCGAAACAUCGAAGUUCUCCUUGUAUUUUUCAGGUAGUUGUAUCCCUAUCAAUCCAAAAUUUCCUGUGAUUGAUAUUAAAUUGACUUGAUUUAUGGAUUAAGUUGCAGAAAACAUCAAAUGACCUUAGUAAUGGGAAUCCCCUUUGGGAAAACCCCUUUAAGUAGAUGAAGGUGCACCCCCUGUGAGAUUAACCUAAAACCAGUGAGCUCAAUAUAUAUAUAGAGAGAGAGCUAGGACUUCAGUGAUUUGGCCUGUGAGAGAAGUGAAGCCAAAAUCUGUCAAGAUUGUAAAUUGUUUUACCCAGCUAAUACCAUCUUUCUUUCUGAUUGUAUCACUAAAUUAUUAUUAUUGCCAUUCGUUCUGCCACCGCAAGCAGGGCUGUGCCUUUAUUAUUUACCUUCAAUAACAUAUCUGUUUAUAAAAAACAUGAUUAACAAAUCCCGGAGAUAACAGUUCAGUUCAUAAUCUAAACAAAAAAUAUAUAUAACUCAAAAACCUUAGUAUCCACCAAUCUGAGAGGGUUGGUGGGUAACUGCAUACGAUGUGCAAAAAACUAAAAGAUGCCAAAGUCACUUAUCAUGUGACUUUAUACAACUCGUGUGACCUAGCACAGGGCACCCCAGUAUGAGAAACCUGUUUCUCGCUUAUUUCGUAAACUCAGACAGCGAGAAACUCAAAAGUUAUCUAUUCAUAAAACUAUAAUAUUUAACAAUUACUUGCCCAAGGCGAGGUGAUUAUUGGGGAAUAUUCGCCGAGAUGAAGUCGAGGUGAAUAUUCCCCGAUAAUCACCGAGCCUGAGGCUAAUAAUUGUUUUAGUAUUUUUACACAAGUCUUUUGUGUUUUUGAGACUGAAUAUAUAUUUUAAUUUCGCUUAUUUCUUUAUCAGUAACUUUCACAAAACAGCUAGCCGCCAUUUUGAAAAUUUCGGUUUUGUUAUAUUCGCCUGUAGGUGAUACUACUUGUAAAUAACUAUUCCGCUAUUUCUACUAUCUAAUUUGGACUACUUGUUACUAUUUCUCGUUUUUGUAAACAACUAUUCUGCUAUUUCUACUAUCUAAUUUGUACUACUUAUUACUAUUUCUCAUAUUUGUAAAUACCUAACUGUAAAUCUUCUUUUACACGCCCCCUGUGGAAAUCAGCUUCGGUUGACAGGGUUAGCGUGGGUAAAUAAAGUUUUUCUAUCUAUCUUUUCUAUCUAAUAUAACAGCUUAAUACAUCAAAUUUGACCAAUCAUUGUGUAGGAUUUGUUAUGUUCACUUGUGCAAAAAUACUAAUGUUCGUUAACUCGGAGUCAAAAUUGUGUUCGCCGUGCAGACACAAAACAAUAAAAUUAAUUGCCCCUUGAUGUCAAUUUCUGCCAUAUUUUGCUUCAUGUUUUGAACGAGAGUUCCUUGGACUUGAGAUAUAUUUAUAUGGAAGUCACUGGCCUAAAUCCACCCUUGUAUAAUUGAUUAAUCAAGUUUCAUUAACGUAAUUUUUAGAAAGGAAACAGCCGGUUGACAAUUUGGAUGCUCCUUCACGUCCAGUGCCCGAUAAGAAACCAGCUUCUGAAUCUAGUGAUGAUUUGAAACCUCAAGAAACCAGUGACACCUCAUCGGCUUUGAAAACUGGUACAGCAGAAACUGAAGAGGAUGGCGCUGAUUCAAAGAAACCAAAAGAGGAAGGUGGGUUGUAGUAUAUCAUACACUCUAAAAACACUCUGGUUAAAUUCAACCAGGAACUGGAUCAAUAAACUACCUAGCACAUUCCUGGUUAAAUUAACUGAUUUCCUGGUUAAAAAUUAUUGAUUCAACAAAAAUCUGGCCAUACUUCUUCGGACUUUUAACCAGGAAAAUGGUAUAAUUUUUUUAACCAGGAUUGUGUAGGUGUAUUUUUAACCCCCAUCCUGGUUGAAUUAACCCAAAUUUAACCAGAGUGUUUUUAGAGUGUACAUGAGAAGAACUGCCCUGGUUGCCAGAGGUUCUCGUAUAUUUUUUUCUAUUAUUCAUUAAAGAAAAUAAAAAGAAUACGCAACUACAAAUCUACAAUACGCGAUAUAUAGAGCUUUGCAAACUCCGGUUAUUUUAGCUCCGGGUUUUGCUAUUUGAAAAGGGAGUUUUGCUAUUUGAAAGGAAAGUUUUGCUAUUUGAAAAGAAAUUUUUGCUAUUUGAAAAGAAAGUUUUGCUAUUUUGAAAAGGGUGUUUUGCUAUUUGAAAAGGGGUUUUGCUAUUUGAAAAGGGAGUUUUGCUAUUUGAAAAGGGUGUUUUGCUAUUUGAAAACGGAGUUUUGCUAUUUGAAAAGGGUGUUUUGCUAUUUGAAAAGGGUGUUUUGCUAUUUGAAAAGCGGAGUUUUGCUAUUUGAAAAGGCAGUUUUGCUAUUUGAAAAGGGAGUUUUGCUGUUUGAAAAGGGAGUUUUGCUAUUUGAAAAGGGAGUUUUGCUAUUUGAAAAGGGAGUUUUGCUAUUUGAAAAGGGUGUUUUGCUAUUUGAAAAGGGUGUUUUGCUAUUUGAAAAGGGUGUUUUGCUAUUUGAAAAGGCAGUUUUGCUAUUUGAAAAGGGAGUUUUGCUGUUUGAAAAGGGAGUUUUGUUAUUUAAAACGGGAGUUUUUUUUAUUUGAAAAGGGAGUUUUUCUAUUUGAAAAGGGUGUUUUGCUAUUUGAAAAGGGUGUUUUGCUAUUUGAAAAGGGUGUUUUGCUAUUUGAAAAGGCAGUUUUGCUAUUUGAAAAGGGAGUUUUGCUGUUUGAAAAGGGAGUUUUGUUAUUUAAAACGGGAGUUUUUUUUUAUUUGAAAAGGGAGUUUUUCUAUUUGAAAAGGGAGUUUUGCUAUUUGAAAACGGAGUUUUGGUAUUUCAAACAACCAACUCCAACGUUUCUUAGUGCCAUCAAUGCAAUCAUGUUUCAUGCCAAGACAUCUCAGACACAUGAUAUACCAACUAAAUUACGGUAUUGAAUACCUUGGACUUGGAAAGGUCAUGUGCUACCAGCAAAAAAUAAGUACGCAGAUAGCAAGAGUUCCGCGUACCUACGUGGUACGUGACUGAAAACAAAGAAGUACCAGACAGUAAUAUUGGCGUACCUCCGGUACGUAAGUACGCAAAUUAUCGCACCCUGCAUAUUCCUUUAAGAAGAUAAAGUAGCAUUCUCAUACUGUACAUAAAGUUAAGCUUGCUCUGUUUUAUAUUUUUGUUUCUAGGUAGUAUAGAUGAAGGUGAUGGUAGCACAAACUCUCGUCUUACUCUGAAACACUCCACGUACAAAGAUGGCAUUACUCCUGACUUCAUGUACCCCAUGUCCCGUCGCCCUCGUGGUCAUGCCUUUAUCAUCAACAACAAAAACUUUCUUUACUCCUCUGGCAUGCAAAAAUACCCUCGUAACGGCACGGAUGUCGACGCAGAAGCCCUACACAAGUUGUUUAAUGCUUUGGAAUUUGAAACUGUAGUUUAUCAUAAUAAAACCUCAAAAGAUAUGAUGAAUAUAUUUGAUCACUAUGCUGCAAUGGACCACACUAAUUAUGACUGCAUUAUUUGUGUUAUUUUGACCCAUGGUGAGGAAGGGUUGAUAUAUAGCACUGAUGGCCAGAUUAAGCUUAAGGAGUUAACAACAAAGUUUCGAUGCGAAAACCUUCAUGGUAAACCCAAGUUGUUCUUCUUUCAAGCAUGUCAGG